CUAGACCUCCGGAGGCGGAGCAGGUCCGGAGCGGCGGCGUCUUCUCUGAGACUGGGUUUGAAUUUGUGCGCCUGACCCUGUGCGGCAGGUCAUUAACACCCUGCUCCCCUUGUGCAAAGAGCAAGGCGGGGGUGGGGGGCCUGCCAUCGCCCCUCUGAGCACUGCAGGGAUGAAAUCUCUUGAAAUAUAAGAAGCCUUUGGUCAACAUGGACAACAAAAGACAGCGAGCCCGUGUGCAGGGAGCCUGGGCUGGUCCUGCUAAGAGCCAGGCCAUUGCUCAGUCAGUUAGCACUGCUAAGAACCAUGCCCACCAGAAGACUGGUCAGUCCUGGAUGAACAAGGAGCCUCAUCCCUCUGACAGACAGUUUGUGUUCAAAGAGCCCCAGCAGACACUACGUAGAGUCCCAGAGCCACGAGUGAUUGACAAAGAGGGUGUGUAUGAAAUCAGCCUGUCACCCACAGGAAUAUCUCGGGUCUGUCUGUAUCCUGGCUUUGUUGCUUUAAAGGAAGCCGACUGGGUACUGGAACAACUUUGUCGAGAUGUUCCCUGGAAACAGAGAAUCGGCAUCAGAGAGGAUGUAACUUACCAGCAACCAAGACUUACAGCAUGGUAUGGCGAACUUCCUUACACUUAUUCAAGAAUCACUAUGGAACCAAAUCCUGACUGGCAUCCUGUGCUGCUCACAUUAAAGAGCCAAAUCGAGGCGAACACUGGUCACACCUUCAACUCCUUGCUGUGCAAUCUUUACCGGAAUGAGAAGGACAGCGUGGACUGGCACAGUGAUGAUGAGCCCUCGCUGGGGAAGUGUCCCAUCAUUGCUUCACUCAGUUUUGGUGCCACGCGUACUUUUGAGAUGAGAAAGAAACCCCUACCAGAAGAGAGUGGAGACUACACAUACAUGGACAGAGUGAAGAUACCCUUGGAUCACGGGACCUUGUUAAUCAUGGAAGGAGCGACACAAGCUGAUUGGCAGCACCGAGUACCUAAAGAGUACCACUCCAGAGAACCGAGAAUAAACCUGACUUUCCGGACAGUUUAUCCAGACCCCAGAGGGGUGUACUGAUGGGGUGAGGGCUUUAAGAAACCAUGCUGAGACUGAGGAAACCACCUGUCGUGAAGAAGCUUCGAGAUUCUGGGUCAUCCCGAUCUUGCUGUGUGUGACUGUUUGGAAGAUAUAGGUGGAAUUUGCUUCCUGGCCCAGAGUCCCAUUAACUGACAUCCAGCAGUUUAUGUUCACAGUAUGUUUGCUCUGGGAACAGGAAUCCCUAAUCUCAUCUUGGAAUCACCUAUUUUCUGUCGACAAAUUAAAUACUGCUGUGGCUCUGCUUCGGGUUUUUCUCCUGCCCCCCUCUGCUUUAUAUGAAGGAAUAUGAAUGGACUUUGCCUCUGGGGGUAGAUCUGCACGUGUUUGUCCCUUGUGACUUUAUCGAAGUGGAGAUAUAUAAAUAUGGGUCAGUGACUCUGGAGCCUUCCAGAGGCAGACAGCUGCUGAAACCCACACAGAGGUAGUUUCUCGGGAUGUUGUUGAAGUCCACCUGACAAGGUGUGAAACCUGGCUUGUGUGCUGUUGUCAUGAAAAGCUGCAUAUUCUGGGAGCACUUUAUUUAACUUUAUUGACUUUAUUGAGUCUCCUUCCCUGUCUGUCAUUCUUCCUAGACACACUCAGACAGUUGGUAGGCCUCUCAAUAAAGAGUGAAGGCAUCAUUCCUCCAACACGGCCAACUUCUAGAAGAAAUCACCUGAGCUGCUUGUAAUACUAGAGCAAACUGUCCCCUCAGAGGCAGCAGCCAUUGAAUGAUGACACGAGAAGUAGGCUGAAAUUUAGACUGAGGAGCAGCAAGUGACAGCUGUUCCACAAAGAUUAGUUUCCCCUGGAGAAUGGCUUGUGUCAUUUAAACUCAAGCCAGAGAAAAAGGAACAGUCCAUCAGGGAAUUGACCAGUUACCUAAUAGUUCUCUUCAUCCUCCAUUUUAGAUUUCAGUAACCCCAUGAGUAAGACUUUUUUUUUUUCCUCCUUUCUGAGUCAAUGUUCUCUUCUGCACUGGUGUUUGUGAUUCAGGGGUUAGUCUGUGAUGUCACCAAGGUUCCCAAAACAGAACACAUAAGGCUCCCCCUUAUUGCAUCAUUGAAGCAUGUGUCUUCUUGACCUCUUGGUUUAGGAGCAGUGUGCCAGAUUAAUGGCUGACCAAGGACAGAAAACUGGAGGGAAUGAAAAGGGAUUAAAUGGAAGAAAACAGGGCAUGGGAAUUAGAGUUUCCUUCGCUGCCUCUGGGGAAAUUUUACAGAGCCUUUUGGAUUUUUUUUUUUCAAAGUUUUAUUUCAUAUGAAAUGGAAAGAAUUGGGGGGGCCUGGGGAGAGACAGAGUACUACUCUGUUGCCUCUGGUGCUAGGGUUGAACUGGAAGUCUCAGACAUGCAAGUCCUAAGCCCUGCUAGCUGAGUUCUUUCCCCUGGCCACUAUACUUUUUGCUUUUGACCUUUUGUACUUUUCCACGCUGUAAGAUUAAUGACGUCUCCCCCGUCAUGGUGAAGUACCAGAGGCUGAGUAGGCUUUCCGUCAGCAUGCAGAUGUACUGCCAUGCCUGGCCAGCUGUACUCUCGUACCAGCACUCUUACACUGGAGUCUCUUUCCUCUUCCGGUUUUUUAAACAUUGCCACACAUGUAUAGCUCCUUUCUAUCAGAAAUACUCCUCUGUCAGAGCUGAGCAUCACAGUAAGCCUUUCUACGAGGGAAGUACAAAUCACCAUAGAAAUGAAAUAAAGCCUUUAUUUAAUGCCUA